AGCAUUGUUCGAAGGAAUGGCCUAUUUUAGUACCUAUCUUCUAAUCACCCUACUUAUCAUUUACGUCAGCGCUGCUGCUACUACCACGAACGUGGAAGAGUUCCCACAACAAAAAAGUAUCGGGCUGAAGCGAAGAGUGAACCGAGUGAAGAGACAAUGGGGUUGGGGAUAUCUUGCAUAUCCUACUACCUAUAUGUACCGAGCGCCAUAUGUCGGUUAUUACGGAAGCUGGAGAUACCCAGUGAUGGGUCUCUAUGGAUGAAACGUUAAAAUAGGCUUAUCAAUAAUCUUGUAAAUGCAAUAGAACCUUUAUAAUAAAC